GGUACUUCCCGCGUCGUGGCCAUAACAAAGCCAAAGCCAUCUAUCCCAACAGCCCCCAUUGAUCUUCUAUCUGCGUCCCUCGUUCAAAACAACUGCAUUCCUUCGCCAGCCUGCCACGCUAUAAUACACAUCCAGCGGCGCAAUGCCCGCAGCCACCACCUCCGGCGCCGAUACGUCUGGCAACGGGGCCGCAAAAUCGCGGGAUCACAAUCAAGGAAAUCAGGAGCGCAAAUACACUCUAGAACAGAAGGCCGCUGUCCUACGAGUGCGAAGAUGUUCGCCGACGGCGUUCUACGAUAUUUUGGGGCUGGAGGAGGUGAAGGCUACGGUCACGGAGGCUGAGAUCAAGAAGGCAUAUAGGAAGCUGAGUCUGUUAACGCAUCCGGAUAAGAACGGCCACGAACAUGCAGAUGAGGCCUUCAAGAUGGUGAGCAGGGCGUUUGGUGUUCUGAGCGAUAAGGACAAGAAGGCGAAGUAUGAUAAAUUUGGUGGUGAUCCGGAUAGUAGGUUUGGAGGGGGAGCGCCGCAGCAGAAUCCUUUCUCCGGGUUCGCGGGACGUCCGCAGAGUUCCAGGACUGCUAGCGGCGGGGGUGGACCCUCCUCGAUGUGGGAGGAAGAGAUUAGCCCAGAGGAAAUGUUUAAUAGAUUCUUUGGUGGGGGAAUGGGUGGUUUCGGGCCCUUUGGUGGCGGAGUAUUUGAUACAGGACCUCAGUUUGUGUUCAAUUUGGGCGGUGGACCUGGGAUCAGAGUCCAUCAAUUUGGAGGAGCAAGACCCCGAAGAAGACCAAGGGAUCCAAACGCAGCCGAAGAAUCUCAGACUUCCCUACGGUCGACAAUCAUGGGGCUAUUACCUCUUCUAAUACUUUUUGUAUUACCCCUUCUAUCUUCCCUCUUCUCCGGCUCUGGAUCAGCAGCAGCGGCCGGACCUUCAAUGCGAUUCGAUGGCCCCGUACCACCGCACACGCUGCACCGCCUUACAAACCGAUUAAAGGUUGAUUACUACAUUAAUCCGGUUGAUGUGGACCAGUACACCCCGCACAAGUUCUCCCAGCUUGACAAGAAAGCGGAAGUGACCUAUGUACAGCAACUGAAGGCAGGAUGCGAGCAAGAGCUUGAUGCAAGGCAACGGUUGCUCAAUGAAGCUCAAGGCUGGUUUAUACAAGACACGUCAAAGAUGGAUCGGGCAAGGAAUAUGGAGAUGCGUAAUUGCAAGAAAUUGGAUGAAAUGGGGAUGGCGAGAACGUACUAACCUUUGUGAUACUUUCAAGUUAUUGAGAAGCAUGGCGUUCGGGGCAGAAGCAUUCUUGGGCGGAUGGUUUGGGUUCAUGCAGUAGUGUUACAACCGUAUCACAGAAGACGUUUAUCCCACGCUGGCUGUGUAUUUCAGGCAUAUACGAAGACUCUAUAGUGCAGUAGUGGGUGGUUAGUACAGCCAGCAGUAACAGAAAAGGCGUUUGUCCAUGCUGUG